AUGUACCUAUUUCAAUUUUCGUGCGCCCAGCAACUCCAUUACCGCGACUUCCCCAAGUUUUGCCACCCCGAGCGACGCAAUGUCACCACCAUGAUGAACCACUUGCCAUCACUCAAUUUUUUCUCGCUCCUCUCAACCCACCAUCCAACGACUCAUGAUAGCGCGUCAGCACGCGUCGGGAAUCAUGUCUUCAGAGGUGCGGAGACAAUCACAGCGAAUCUCUCCCUCGGCAUGAACAAUCGAACGCACGUUCUGUGA